GCUUUUGCGAAACUUUACCCCACCAAUAAAAAGUGACGUGGCACUACCGCAUUGGAUGGAAAGAAGAUAUAAACAACUAAUCCGUGAUCAAUGCUUUCAAUAAGAAAGUCAAAGCAAUUUCUAGUCAACACCUUCAGUUUUCCUUAUCUUCCACCGAAAAAAAAAAGGAACUUGUAGUCCGUGAACCAAAUCGUAGAAGCGAAGAACAGCGAAACAUGACUCUGGGCCUGAUCAAUGCGAACCCAGUGGUUCACGCCAAGAAAGAACGAGUCGCUCGCACCGAAGAUCCUCACGGCGACGACGCCGUUGAUCCCCUCGAAAUCUAUGAUUUUGUGAGGGAUAUCAGAGAUCCAGAACAUCCGUAUUCAUUGGAGCAGCUUAGCGUUCUCUCCGAGGAAUCAAUCACCGUUGAUGAGAAGCUCGGUCGAAUUCUGAUAACUUUCACUCCCACUAUUCAGCAUUGCAGCAUGGCGACCGUAAUCGGUCUAUGCCUAAGGGUUAAACUAAAAGAAUGUUUUCCUCCACAUUUUAAGGUUGACAUUAAAGUAGCUCCUGGAUCUCAUGCUGAUGAAAAAUCAGUUAAUAAGCAGUUGAACGACAAAGAAAGAGUUGCCGCUGCCUUGGAGAAUCCUAACCUUCGCCAACUCGUGGACGAGUGCCUUUACUCCAAUGAACUUUGACCAAGCACACUCACCUGCUCCAAACCUUAUGUACAGAUCAAACAUCAGCAGCUCUAAAUGCGAUAAGAAGUGACUUUGCUGUCAUGUAAUUUUUAUUUGCUGAAUGUAUAUAUGGUUUGUGUGUGUCCCCCUUUUACUUUGCCGAAGAGUGCUUCUAGGAUAUCUCUUUAGGUGGGGAAAACUAAUGGUGCUACUUGUUUUUAAUCAUAUAGGCUUCCUAACAAUUAAGAGCAUGGGAACCUUUUUAUGUAUGAUGCAAUUCAGAAGCAGGACAUGUUAGAUUUUCUAGUAAUAGUUGUCUUGUGCGACAGUUUCUGUUUUGUUUGAAAACUCGGGUAUAAUUCUGGAAACAUUCUCUA